GUUGGAGAAGUCGGCAGUACCCGGGAGAGAGAAAUAAGUUCAGAGGAGAUAGAAGGACACAAACACCGAGACAGCGAGAGUCACACGGACUGACAAGGAGGGAGACACACAGGAGACAGAUUGAAGGAGGGAGGGCAGACUGAACAGGGUCGGCGAGUGGGGGUCCAGGCAGGCUGACUACAGGCCGACUAUAGAUUGGCUACAAGCUAACUACAAACCGGCUACAGGCCAACUAGAGGCCGACUACAGUCUCCAGACUCGGCAGCGAUGCCGCCGCAGGAGGCAGCCACGGGAGACGGCGCCGCGCCCCAGGACCGGGCCGUGUGGAUCUUCGGCUACGGCUCUCUGAUCUGGAAGCCGGACUUUGAAUUCACUUCCAGGAGGGUCGGUUUUAUCCGCGGCUACUGCAGGAGGUUCUGGCACGGAGACAACCAUUACCGCGGCGACAAGCGGACGCCCGGGCGUGUCGUCACCUUACUGGAAGACGCCGAGGCCGACACCUGGGGCGUGGCCUACGAGGUGCGGGACGAGGCGGCGAGCAGCUCGCUGGAGCGGCUGUGGCGGAGGGAGUGCCUGCUGGGCGGCUACGUCUGCCGCUCGGUGCAGUUCUACGGGCGGGAGGCGGGCGCCGCCACGCCGGCGCUGGUGUACGUGGCCACGGCCGACAACCCGCUGUACCUGGGCCCGGCUGAGCCCGCACUCAUCGCCUGGCAGAUCGUGGGCUGCAGCGGCCACUCGGGCCGCAACCUGGACUACCUGCUGCGCCUCGCCGACUUCAUGCGCCGCUGCUGCCCGCACGUCGAGGACCCGCACCUGUUCGCCAUCGAGGCCGCGGCCGUGGUCCUGACCUCGGCCCCCGGCUCGCCGCCCCACUGAAGCCGCGGCCCUGGCCUUACGGGCGGCCGGCCUGCUGGGGCUCGACGGGACGGGCAGCGAGCGGGCCCCUUCCCCGGCGGCGCCGCCCCGCCCCGCCCUCUUCCUCCUGGGCCCGGGCGGCAUGGGCUGGAGAAGCUGGGCUCGGCCCGGGGCUGGGUGGGGGACCCGGGCGGGGGUGAGGGCGGUGUUGGGGUUGGGGCCGGGCUGGGCCAGGUGUAACCCCACUGUUCCGGGCUCUAACUACCUGCUGCUGUUUCUGCUGCCUGUACUUUUAUAUUUAUUUAUAAAUAAGAAACAUGUCAUCUUGGAUGGAGAGGCGCCCUGCGGUAAUUGUCUUAUAUGUGGCAGGGUGACUGGGGUAUGA